UUGGCUUCAAAAAAAAAUUGAUGAGCAAGCUUGUUAUGUAUCUGACCUUAGUUUGUGCUCAUUCUCUCCUUCCACUUGAGUUUCAAAUUUCUGAACAAGAAUAAUCAUAUCAAAAUUCUGCUUCAGUUAUUAUGAUUGCAUUUGUGAUGUGGCGGAUUGUGCUUUCUUUUUCAAGCAUGUGCUAGUGAUGGCUACUUUCCUUUACACAAUCCUGGCAUUUUAGUUCCAAUUUUCUGGAUGCAUAUCUUUUGUUGCUGAUGGAAUUCAUAUCUUUCUUGAUACAUUUGAGAUUUUGGUGAUCUUUGUGAUGUCCUUGAGGAAAUUUUAUUAAGUUCCAUCCAUUUUAUCCUGCUUUUGUUGUUGGAACUGGGUGAAAUGAGAAUUUUAGAUGCUCUUGAUUGAUUAUCAUUAAAAGGGUGUCUGUGUCUCAAUGCACAAGCCUCCCUCAAUUGUGCAUAGAGUAUUAAGAAACACAUAAUUGUGAAAGAAGCAUAGAUAUAACUCAUGAGUUUCUUCACAGGGUCUUCAAGCCACACAUGGCAACCCACCAUAACUUCAGAUACUACUGCCCUAAGUUAUUGGUUGAAUUGGAGGUUCUUCUUCUGUGCACUAUGGAUUUUAGCCUCCAUGGCUCUAGCAUUUUUUUUAAUAUUCAAGUAUGAAGGAUUCAAUAGAUCAACAUCAAAUGGAGGAGAAAAUCAGGGUGAAGAAGAAGCUGGAUUGGUAUAUGAGGAUGAAGCAUGGAAUACCUGUCUUGAAGGAAUUGAUCCUUCAUGGCUUCUCAUUUAUAGAAUAAUUUGUUUUAUUGUGCUUUUGGCUUUGAUCAUUGCCAGUGUGGCUGCAGAUGGAGGAGCCAUAUUUUACUUCUACACUCAAUGGACCUUUACUUUGGUCACUAUUUACUUCGGGUUUGGAUCAUAUUUCUCCUUAUAUGGAUGUUCCCUAAAACCCAAUAAAUUUGUGAGCAACGCAGUCAAUGGUACCUCUCUAGAUGCAGAAGUAGGCACUUACAUAGUUCCCACUAUUGAUGGAUCUUCAAAUAUGCCUAACUUGCCCAAGAGUCCUGAUCAGGAAUUUCAUACUAGAAAAAUUGCUGGUUUGUGGGGUUACAUUUUUCAAAUAAUUUUUCAGACAUGUGCAGGUGCUGUAGUGCUAACUGACUCUGUGUUCUGGUUCAUCCUUUAUCCAAAUCUUACGUCCAAAGAUUAUAGUGUUGAUUUUUUGAUUUUUUGUAUGCAUUCCAUUAAUGCUCUUUUCCUCCUCGGUGACACGUCAUUGAAUUGCAUGAGAUUUCCAAUGUUUCGAUUUGCAUAUUUUGUCUUGUGGACGGCUAUUUUUGUGAUUUUUCAGUGGAUCAUCCAUGUUUGUGUUUCACUUUGGUGGCCUUACCCUUUCCUUGAUUUGAAAUCCGCAUAUGCACCCUUAUGGUACUUGGCUGUGGCUUUGAUGCAUUUUCCAUGCUAUGGCCUUUUUGCUUUAAUAGUAAGGAUGAAGCAAUUGUGGUUAUCAAGAUCAUUUCCAGGGUCUUCUCGGUUUGUACGGUGACAACACUUUGAACUUGGAAUGAAGGCUACCUUUUUGCUUAGCAAAAGUGAUUUUGGAGAUCAGAUUUUGAUAAUUCCAGCUGUUAUGUAGAUUCACCCCUUCCCAACUCAAAUAACUCUUACAGCUGUCAGUCUAGUAUUAUUUGAAUAGUGCUCUAUUAUUAUUUUUUUCCUCCAUAUAUAUUU